UAUAUAGCCUCACUGGAAAGGCCAGUUUAACAUGGCGACUUGAAGUUUACACCAAACAACGGGUGUAUAAAUGAACGACUGACGCUGAACUACAGAAGGCAAUGGCAGACAUUCACUUUCGAAAGUACACAGCUGGAAAGCUGGUUCAGUCUAGUGACAAUCGACAAGUUGUUGAUAUCAUUUUCAAUGAAGAUUUAGUCCAACGAACUGAACGUGGAGAAAACCCCAAAGAACGGGAAACCCUUUUGUGGGUCAACUGGGGAACUGACGACCAUGGUAAAAGUGUUUUCUCCGCUAUUACGCUCUCAACACAGGAUCCUGAUGACGGGGCGGACACUGUAGGCAGAAUCACGCACAUCUUGAAAUCAACGAAUGGAACCAUGUCUCAUUUCGUGACGAACAUGUUGAAGGUGUUUCGGGCAAGAGUGCAGUCAGUGACUUUGUGUCCAGUCACCUUCGUCAUGAGACAUGCCAGACGUGAAGAUUUUAAGUCUAUGUUAAAUAAUGGCUUACAACUGAGGCGUGUGUUCAGGGAACUGAUGUCAGAGCUACAUGCCCCAGGAAAACUGGAUAUCAAAAUCAAAUUACUGUCGCAUUCGCCAAAUCCACCAACGCACGAGGAAUGUGAAUCUCACAAAUCAUCGUUACAGAGGCUCAGCUCCACCGAGACAGUAACUCAUGAAAUGACUGAUCCUGGCAACCUCUUGAUUGAGGAGAGAUUCAGCCGUAUCGAUGAAGAAGUUGCCAAGCAAAAACAGUUCUUGGAAAAGAAUAUAAAACAACAGAAACAACAAAGCGAAGCUUGUCGAGAAAUUCUGUCAAGAAUUAACUUACAGCUUCAUCCGCAAACAAAGGAAGGAUUGCUUGUGUCUAUUGACGACGACAGACAUGAAGCAGAUGGAGACACUAUUGGUCACCUAAACCAGUCUACUAUUCCCACAUCAGCAACGGACAUACAAUUAGAUACUGUGGGAAAAUCCCAAACAGUAUCUGAAUCAGGUAAGCCUGUAACGGAUACCCUUGGAUCGACAUCUACAACUACAAGUACUGAUGGAUUACGACAGCAUCUGAUUGAAGGCAAAGACAUUGAGGUAGAUGCAGUUGAAGAAGAUAGGUCGAUACCACUUGAACAUGAAACAGUUAAAUCUGGGUCUGGAAGUUCAAAUGUCGCAAAGGGUGAUAAGGAGAAGCAAACUAAUGAAAAGGUUAAGCUUGCCUCGAAAACAAAGGAGAACUCGAAAUAUGACUCUCCUGUUGUGGAGGACAUUGUAAAGGAGCUCAAGGGAAAGGACAGCAUUACUACCAGUACAAAUGAGAUGCCAGGCAAUCGGUCUGUAGGAAUAAACAAGAUAACAGCUCACGUUGGAAAUACGUCGAAAACGUACAGUCCCAUAAGUACUGAGGACGGACCGAAGUCAUCAGGUGACGGUGUCUUCAAGAAGCCCCCUCCACCAAGAACUGACGCACUAUAUCAACAGACGAAACAGAGUUCACAGAUUAACGAAACAUAUGCCACACAGCAGUACUCAAACACUAAAGACUAUUAUUCUACCUCUUAUAUCUAUCCCAAAGACAAUAGCAAUACCUAUGGUAACAGUGCUGGGAAAGGAUCUUACAAUCCAUCGAGUGACGGAAGUGUAACACAACUGUAUCAUAGUUCCAGAUACUAUACAGAGUAUAGUCCGAAUGACGGGUUUUACGUUACCACCCGAGAGACUGAUUACACAUUAUACACAGCGGCAGGAGAGGAGAAAUGGACAAAAUUGGUCCGAUAUAGGAAAGGUACCCCAGAACCAAAUAUCAUGGACAAUCUGCCAUAUAAUUUAGUGCCUGUGUCUGCCCAAAGAUGCUCUUAUGCACUGCCUGGUUCAUCGGAAAGUUAUAGCGGGAUUGAAAAGCUUUUGGUCAGGAUGGACAUUGCAGUUUCAAAGGAAGAAACCCCAAAGGGGCAAAAGGAAAAAAGCCCAGUCUGCACACUAAACUACCUGAGGGAACUUCUGGGUGAUGGGGACUCUGUCUGGGAAAGUGCUGAAGAGGCUCUCCAAUCAGAAACGUGUCCUGUACCGCGAGUACAAAACGCAACGGAUACACUUCUUUGUCUGGAUGUCUCCAGUAGUACAUCACGGGAAUCAUAUCAUCAGUUAAAAACAACGGCUCUCAGCUUUAUCAGUGGUGUUGAAGACAUAGCAGAAGAACUUGGCGUUGAGGAGAAUAUAGCCAUUGUUACCCUCGGAUCCAAAGCUAAAGUUGUGCACCACUUGACCAAUGACUAUGAGAGUCUCAGAGACGCCAUAGAGGAGAUGGAGUGUUGCGCACGUUCUUCAAAAACCUACCUGGAAGGCAUUCUCGUUUGUCUUGCAGCUCUUACUAAAGGUGGAGUGUGCAACUUCGGGGGAUUUCUCCGAGUACCCCCGCGACUCAUCGUUGUAACAGAUGGACUGACACCAGAAAAAAUGGACCAAUGUAGGGACUCUCAGGACAAAAGACGCUUGGUACAGGCACUUCAAGAAAUGGGGAGCGAAUUUGUGAGGAGCAAUGUGGUCAGUCCCAUUCUCGUUGUCCCUCAUGGAAAUCCCAACGUGGUGGUAACUGAUUACUUAAAGACAAUGGUGAGGAUCUGCAAAGGAGAAAUUGUGUAUGACAUAAAAAGCGCAUGCAGUUAUCAAAGAAUGCAGAAAUUCUGCGCCCAAAUCAUCCGAUAUGUGAAAAGCCAAUGCGGACUGAAGACAAGCACUGCAGCGAAUGUGGACAUCAUCCUAGAUUGCCUAUCUGCAGACUUCUCCGCCACGGAAAAGAACACAAUCAGAUCUAUUGUAAGAGACCAGCUGGAUCUGGAGGAGAAGGAUGCAGGAGAUACAACGCUGUUCAACAACAUUCAGGAAAGUACCAGUUGCCAUAUCCUUCUACAGCUCGGCACAAGAGUCGCCAGAGGCCCUGACUGGAAGUGGGCAAACGAAGACUCCGACUGCCCCGGCACUGUCAUUAACCAUGGACCUAACCACGGUAUGUUGUGGGUGGUGUGGGACAACGCCUUGAGCAACACCUACAGAUAUGGUUACUAUGGCAGCUAUGAUGUAUGGCCGGUGGAGGACCGACCUAGAUUGCUUGGUGAAGAUGGAGAUAUUGACAUCGGUGUGCAAGUCGAAAGAGGUCCUGACUGGCUAGAAAGCUACUCCGAUCAGGAUGGGGGGCCAAAGUCGUAUGGAACUGUCAUACGAAAGAGGGGCGGUCGCGUUAUGGUGCUUUGGAGAAACGGAGAUGUAUAUGAAUAUAGAUUUGGUGAAAAUGGGAAAUACGAUUUGACAGCGAGGGACCCAGCAGAACUGCUGAUGGAUUCACAGCAAAAUAACCCGGAUGGUGAGAGGUCAGCAGGGAAGCACGAGAAACAAUACGAAACGAAGCAGCAAAUAUCGGGUAGCAGGUCCUCGUACACUUGGCAGUGGUUGGAUCCUCAAGGUGUUUGGCAGACAUAUUCACCAGAACAAUGUGCCAAACUCUCGCAGACAUAUUCCAAACGUCCAGAUGGGUCAUGCUUAGUGCAAAAGAAUGGGAAGAGCUUCAGAGUGUCGUUCAGGAAUCAAACGGAGAAAUCUGUUGAUGAUCAUACAGUCACACAAGUAAGGCGAACAUGAUGCACGUGGCCAGCGCUGCAACAAGUCGCUCAGGAAAUCGAAGCUUACAUGGGACAGUGCUGACGAACGGAAAUUAAUGAUAGACAUAUGAUGCUAUGAAACAGUUACCAGUAUCUAAUAACAACUAAUGUAUGUAUGUAUGUAUGUAUGUAUGUAUGUAUGUAUGUGUGUGUGUGUGAGAGUGUGUGUGUGUGAG